UCGAUACAAAGCUUCAAUGAAAAUCGGUUCGUUUUUUUGAUACACGCUUCGGAGCUUCGGUGUCACUGGUAACAUCACUAUAUUUUAGUAUUAAUAUGUUGAAGAUGAGAGAUGAGAUGUGCUGUAAAUCAGUAGGAACUGAUCUGUCCAUGCUGGAUAUUGAUGAUUUCAUCACAGAAAUCUCUCAGCUGAAGAAAGAGGUGGCGUUACUGGAGGCAAAGCUGAGGUCAAGAGGAGAUGAAGGAGUGAAGAGAGAGGAUGUGGAUGUGGAUUGUUGUGAAUCUUUAGUGUAUGUGACUGAUGGAUGUCUGGAUUCAGUGUGGAUGAGCAGAGAUCAGAGCCGCACACCACAGCCACUGCUGGACUCUAAACUCUCUGAAGAGAAAUCCAGACACACACAGGACUCAGAGCUCGGUCUCACUUUACUCUGCUAUACUGAGUCAAAGCCCACAGACGCUCAGGACACUGUGUGUGACAGUAAUCAGGGCUUACAGGAUGAGGAAUCUACUGAUCAAACCUCCACAGAGUCUCUGGAUUCUGUCUGUAACGCUGGAGAACAGCAGCAGAUCCUGCAGACCACACUGAAGAUGUGUUCAGUCAAACUGAUCGACUGCAGGAACCUGAUGAUGAAGAUGAGAAGAGAACCCACAGAAGAGGAAGAUCACAAUUAUAAAGAGGAAGACAAUCAUGCAGAUGAUUUAAAUCCAUCAGAAAUCGAGACUCAUCAGACCAGGCAACACUUUUCCAGUCUUCAACUGUCAAAUUUUGAUGUGAAAAGUGAGUCAUGUUGUUAUGGAGAAACGUCCUCCACAUCAGAAGAUCGACUGACAGCACAAACUCUUUCCUGCAUCACCUGUGGAAAGACAUUCAGCUCACAGAGACAUUUAGAGAGACAUGAGAGAAAACACACAGAACAGAAACUCAGCUUUACUACCUUACAAGAGAAGAAACUUCAUCAUUCAAAAGAGCACGGAGAGAAGAAGAAGAAGAAGAAGAAGUUUCACUGUGAGCAGUGUGGGAAGAUUUUUGUCUUCUUAUCUCAGCUGAAAGUUCACAUGAGGACACACAGUGGUGAAAAGUCUUUCUACUGCACUGAAUGUGGAAAUUACUUCAGCACCAAACAAAGUCUUGAUGGUCAUCAGAGAAUUCACACAGGAGAAAAACCAUACGAGUGUCCUCACUGUGAGAUGAGAUUCAGACAUAAAAGCAAUUUGAGGAGACACGUGCGUUCACACACAAAUGAGAGACCGUAUCAGUGCAGUAAAUGUGACAAAGCCUUUAGGGAUUCACCUUCAUUAAAAUCACACCAGAAUAUUCACUCUGAACUUUAUAAAUGUUCAUUCUGUGAUAAACGUUUCUAUCGUAAAUUUAAUCUUAUAUGCCACGAGAGCAUUCACACUGAAAAACCUUACAAAUGCUUUCAGUGUGAUAAGACGUUUACUCAGUCAAGGAACUUACAAAUCCAUGAGAGAGUUCACACUGGAGAGAAACCUUACGCCUGCUCUGAAUGUGGAAAGAGAUUCACUUAUCUAUCUAGUGUCACAGUUCAUGAGAGAAUUCAUACAGGUGAAAGACCUUUCAAAUGCUCUCAAUGUGAGAAGACGUUUAUUCAGUCAAGUAAAUUAAAAGUCCAUGAGAGAAUUCACACCGGAGAGAAACCUUAUCACUGUAGUCUCUGUGGGAGGAGUUUUGGGCGGCGUGAUAAUUUCGUAAAGCACCAGAAUACUCAUACAGGUGAAAAACCUUUCAAAUGCUCUCAGUGUGAUAAGACGUUUCAUCAGUCAAGUAACUUAAAAGCCCAUGAGAGAGUUCAUACAGGAGAGAAACCUUACAUCUGCUCGAUCUGUGGAGAGAGAUUCACUCAUCAUGGAAGUCUUCAGUAUCAUCAGAAGAAACACAAGAACAAACUACACUGAAAUCAUCUUGGUGCCUUAAAGUUUUGCAAUUUAUCUGGACAUAGAUCAUAAAUAUAAAUUAGAAGGAUCACUUGCUGAAGAGAAAAUGUAGGUGACAAGCAGGGUUGUAUAAGGUUUUGCAGUAUACUAUAUUAUAUAUUUCCUACUAUGUAUAUGAUUUGCAAAGACGAGAGUAUUCAACGGCAAUAAACAUCUCAUGUUGCUAUAAAUAUCCUCACAUAACUUAACAUAACAGCAUAAUGCAAUGAAUAAACAGACAAGGAAGCAGGUUUGACAUGCAAAUUGUAUUAUUAUAAUCGGAAAAACAGCAAUAUUACUAAAAUAAACACUGAGGUAUUCUAAAUGUGCCAAACACGCUGUUAUCGCACUAACAAGUCUAAAUAGCUCAAUAACAGUGAAAAAAACAUUAUUAUCUCUCAAAACUUUAUAUAAUAAAAAUUAUAUUCAAAGAAAUAUGAGCAUGUUCAUCUCUGGCCUUGCUCUGUUAUGUAAUAGCGCUGAUUGACAGGUGCGCUUCCCCGUCUUUCAAACAGAUAUAAUUUUGUAUAGUUACUCCUUUAGAAAAUGUACUGAAAAUGUAAUAUAGUGAAAAGAUUUUUGGCAGAUUAAUUACGUUUUAUAUUACGCUAUAAUUUUACUUAAAAUACCAUGGUUAUUUUGGUGAGACCAUAGUAAAUUUAUGGUUACUGUUGUUUUACUACAAAUAAAAACGUAAAAGACUAUGUUAAUAUAAUUAAACAACGUACAAACAUACUUUAUGUAUAUGCAUUUAUGGUAAAACUGCUGCAUUUUCAUGUCAAUUCAUGCUCAUUUCAAAGACUAAACAUGCGCUAUCACUUUAAAUCAGCGUGUACAGCUUGCUUGAAGUACAGAAAAAAUUGACUCUGCUGCACCACAUCUGCAACGGAUCGGACAGACCACAAACAUAUUCUUUCUUUCUUUCUUUCUUUCUUUAUAAAGCACUUUCACACAACGGUUAAGUUAGGACAAAGUGCUGUACAUUAUUAAAAGAAAACAGCAUUAGUAAAACACAGCCACAAUAAAAAAAUAACAAGUAGUAAAAUAACAAGACAUAAGACAGUUACAUAAGACAACAUUAAAAAUCUUACACCAUUAAAUGUUUUUUGAGUCUGCAUUUGAAAACUGGUAAGGAGGGUGCAGCUCUAAUAGACAAAGGGAGCUUAUUCCACAAAGUAGGGCCAGAGAUCGCAAAUGCUCGAUCGCCUCUGCGACUGAAUCUGGUUCUCUGGACUGAAAGGAGACCGAGGUCAGCAGACCUCAGAUGUUUGUUUGGCCUAUGAACACUAAUUAACUCAGAAAUGUACGAUGGUGCUUGGUUGUGAAGGGCAAACAAAAAUAAGGAUUUUAUAACUAAUUCGUGAAAUAAUUGGUAACCAAUUUAAAGAGAUUAAGAUUGGAGAAAUGUGAUCAAACUUACGUCUACCUGACAACACUCUUGCUGUGUGAUCAAAUUUACGUCUACCUGACAACACUCUAUGCUGUGUGAAAGCUGUAACUGUAAACAUGGGCACAUAAAAAAUGAAACGACGACAUCAGCUUUGAUUCUGGUGUUCCUGGAGGCUGGAGAGUAUUCCUUGCCUUUUUUUGUUGUUAUCUACAGAAACGUCCUUGGUUGUUGAUUCACCCCACAUGGAAAAAACCUAUAUAAACAUAUAUGUUUCAAUAUAGGUUUUGAUAUAGGUUUUUAAUAUAUGUGACAUAUAUAAAAUUGGCCAUUUUCCUAAAUUAUAUGUACAUAUAUGCACCUAGAUGUUAACCUAUAUAUUAGUAAAAUUAUUAAAAUCUGUAGCUGCUAAUAAAUAAAACAAAUAAAUGUCCAACCAAUGACAGUGUACACCUGCAGGAGCCAGGAUUCAAACCUCCAACCUUCCGAUCACAAAACAACACGCAUUCCCACUGUUGGGAUUCGAACACCCAAACUUCUUAUCUAAGACAACCCACUCUACCAUCUGCGCCACUGUUGUUGUUUAAGAA